AUGGGUUCUUUGACUCAAUUGUUGCAACAUCCAUUGGAAUUGAAAUCUGCUUUGGUUUUAAAGUACUAUAGAGAGCCUUUGUUUCCAGGUGAAGAAUCUAAAAUAGCUAAUUCCAAGGAUUUAAAGAGAUGUUACGAAUUGUUGAAAUUGACAUCUAGAUCUUUUGCUGCAGUUAUUCAAGAAUUGAAUCCUGAAUUGCGUGAUGCCAUUAUGAUUUUCUACUUGGUGUUGAGAGCAUUGGAUACAAUUGAAGAUGACAUGACAAUUAAUCCAAGUGUAAAAGUUAAAUUAUUGAACGAGUUUGAUGAAAAAUUAGAUUUGGACGAUUGGUCCUUUGAUGGUAAUGGUCCAAAUGAGAAAGAUAGAGAUGUUUUAGUUGAUUUCCCUUAUAUUUUACGUGAAUACCAUAAUUUGAAGCCAGAAUAUCAAAAAGUUAUUAAGGAAAUCACUAGAAAAAUGGGUCAAGGUAUGGUUAACUACGUUCUUGAUGAAAGUUUUAAUUUGAAUGGUGUAGAGACAAUUAAGGAUUAUGACUUGUAUUGUCAUUAUGUCGCAGGUUUGGUUGGUGAUGGUUUAACACAAUUGAUCGUUCUAGCUGGAUUUGGUGAUGAAAACUUGUAUGAAGCUAGUGGUGAUAGAGAAUUAUACGAAAGUAUGGGUCUUUUCUUGCAAAAGACUAAUAUCAUUAGAGAUUAUGCUGAAGACUUGGAAGACGGUAGAUCAUUCUGGCCAAAGGAAAUUUGGUCACUGUAUGUUGAAAAGUUACCAGAUUUACAAAAGGACAAAUCUAAUGGAUUAAGAUGUAUUAACCAUUUAGUUUUGAAUGCUUUGACCCAUGUCAAUGAUGUGUUGACAUAUUUGGCCUCAAUCAAUGAACAAAGUACGUUUCAAUUCUGUUCAAUUCCACAAGUGAUGGCGAUUGCAACCUUAUCCUUAUUGUUUAACAAUGAAAAAGUUUUGGUUGAGAACGUUAAAAUUAGAAAAGGGGAGACAUGUUACUUGAUUUUGAAAUCUAGAACAUUAAAGGGGUGUGUUGAAAUUUUCCAAUACUAUUUACGUGAGAUCAAGAGCAAGUUGAUGGUUGAAGAUCCUAACUAUUUGCCAUUGAACAUUCAAAUUGCCAAGAUUGAACAAUUUAUGGAAGAGAUGUAUCAAGAUAAAUUACCAGCAGGCGUUAGACCAAACGAAACUGAGAUAUAUCUAAAGACACAAGAGAGAACAAAAUCCGAUGAAAAGAUGGCUAUUACAUUUAAAAUGGAGGAGAACAAUUUCUUGAUGGUAGUAUCAUACUUUGGUAUAGCAGUUUUAGCAAUUGCAUACUAUACAUUAUUUUUCAAUAAAUAA